ACUAUAAAAAUGUCGAGCCUUUUUGGUGAAGUAGUUUAUCCUAGUUCUCGAGCAUUUUGGUCCGAAGAAGAUGAUGAUACUCAGGAAAAUAUUGAUAACUCAUCAAUUUUCAAAAUUGACAUCAAAGAUAUUACAACUAUAAAUUCUUUAAUUGUCAUCGAAACUGAUUUAUUGACAGAUUUCAUCAAGGAAAGUGUAUUAAAUAAAUCAGAAAUAGCGGGUACAAUUACAAGACCAUCUGCUAGUGGAUGUACAUCAACUCUUUACGCACUGACAGGUGAUAUUUAUAUUUUGUUAAUUGGAGCUGUUGAUUUAGCCACUUCUGGAGUUUUUGUUGAUGCAAUUUCAGGACUAUUGGAAAAAGCAAAAGAUAUUGUUGCGCUAACGUCAAAUCAUGUGUCGCAAUUGAAGACUAAAAUCAAUGAAGAAAGUCCGUCUUUUUUGCGUUUAUUAAGCACUAAGAAAGCUAAAGAGAUUAUGAAAGAUGUUCCCAGGUUGAACCAGCCGAAUAUUGUGUCUGGAGUUGCAGCUGGAGUAAUCUCCUACGCAGAGGUAAUGAACAAGUCAGGAGUUUUAUACAUUCUCUACCUGGACAGUUUCUCCUUGGAUUCAUCAACAGCCUCUCCACUGCUAAAAUUGCUGCCCAAUUUGACCAAGAGCAGCCUGCCCUUAUUAUCGCCCUCCUUCUCUUCAUUCAAUAAAGGCAACCUGUAUAUGUACUUUAAAUCUCUUUAUUCCAGUCUCAACAAUCCAUAUCAAAAACUUACAAUUACAUUUACAAUAAUAAUAAUUAAAUUAAAAAUUAAAAUUAAAACUACAACCUGA